UGUUCAUACUGUCAUGCCCCUAGCGCACCCUGCGCAUUCGAAGAUUAGCAUUCGUGUAAGUGUCAGACAACGUAUGCGUUCGGAUGAUCGAUCGGUGUUUCAUCGGUCAGCUACUAUCAGGAGAAAUAAAGUGAAUUCAUUCUAUCUUGUGAACUCGAACGAAUAGGUUGUUCCUUAUUAACUCCACACGUGAAAUCCAGAAGAUCCCUCAGUUGCGGUAAUUAAAAGUGGCGUACGAGGAAAAAGUAGUUUGGUGCAGAAACCAUUAGUAAAAGAAAAAAGAAAGUCUACGUUACUCUCGGCACGUACACGAAGCAGCAGCAGUGGUGCAUCUUCAGCUGGCGUUUGCAUUUCUCAGGGAACAGGACCAGUGAGGCAACGAAAGGAGCAACCGCUCCGGAUAUUAUCUUCAAGGUUUGAGACGCGGCCCGCCAAAAGUCGCCUUUUCGGUGGUAAAAUAUAUCCCCGUAAGUAUAACCAUACGUGAAAAGGGCGCUUUCCGACAUUGUGCUGGCGUCACCUUCACCAUUUUGAACGACAUUGUGUGAAAACUGUGCUUGGUUUGUGCUUAACAAUAUGUGGUAAGAUAAUGAAAAGGCCUUUUCGAUUGUGUGACAGAGUUAUUGAAUAGGGUGGACCACUUUUUUUUAUUGCAUAUAUACCCUUUGAAGAAAAAGUUCUUUUGUUUCAUUUUAAUAAAAGGCUUUCAUUCCUUUUUUUUUUUUUUGAAACAGACUUUUUGACGGAGAUUAAAACUAAUAAUCGAGUGAUUCUACCACACGCCUUGCCACACGCUGUAUGCUUGGACUGCAUAGUUUGAUCCGGAAACGUGAUUGAUUGCCAAUUCUUGAAAUCUGAUACAACUCGGCAAUUUCUGCCGCACACUGCUGGUCGACGUAAUUAGUACGUUAAAGCACAGCUCGGACGUGAGCCUUUAUCAGAUUGAAAUCACCAUCGGCCAAGCAGAUCAUCGGAUUCUCAGAGGAGGCGCGUGCAUCUGGACUAGCUUCGCACCAGAAGGUAUCCGUACGGCGACCGUCGUUGUUGGCAAGGGUCAAAAGGACAUUUUUGGUAAGUCAAUUUUUUUGAUUGAAUUUUUUAAAAGUGAACAAAGAAAAACCGGCAUUUUUAAUAAUCUGCUACAAUUGAUUGUGAUCCAUUUUGUUUUACUCUUAUUUUUCCCAUUUUUGGCUGAAUUACUGGUAAUACCCGUGUUUAUAUUAUUUUGAUUCAUAAAUCGUACUUGUUGCGGAACUACAGCGCCGAUUAAUCAUGAGUUCUAGUGUGGCUUGUACUAUUGAACCGUAUCGUAGGGGCACCAGCUUCAACGAUUGGUUUGCUAGAUUGAAGUUCUUUUUCAAGGUCAAUAAAAUAAGUGAGGAUGACAAAAUGGCCUAUUUCAUAACGCUAAGCGGGCCAGUGAUGUUUGAUGAGAUUAAACUGCUGUACCCAGCGGGUAAUUUCGAGGAGGCAGCUUUUGAUGAUUUGAUAUCGAAGCUGAAGAAUCGCUUAGACAAAAUAGAACCAGACUUGGUUCAACGUUACAAAUUCAGCACGAGAAUUCAGAACCCUGAGGAGACUACCGAGGAUUUCGUCUUGGCUUUAAAAUUACAAGCGGAAUUCUGUGGUUUUGCAAAUUUUAAAGAAACUGCCAUUUUGGACCGCCUCAUAGCGGGAAUAAAAGACAAAAAUUUACGACAGCGACUACUUAGUGAAGAGAAGCUUACUCUAGCAAGCGCUGAGAAAAUCAUCGUUACGUGGGAGGUUGCAAGGGCAAAUGCAGGUACCGCAAUAGAUCAACAAAACGCAGGGUUAGGACAAAUAGCGGCAGUUCGGAACACACUAGGGGCACAGGAAGGAAAAGCGUACGGGAAACUGAGGCAAACUCUGGAGUUGGCUAGGAAAUAUAGAGAUGACAACUACAACAGAGGUGCCGGAAGCAGCAGAGGUCCUGUGAAAAGCCGACUGGGUGUGAGAUCUUAUGAUUACGGACAACAAGGAAGAGGAGAGCGACUAUAUGGUUCGAGAACAACGGAUUUCAGGCAAGAAAGAAGGGACAUGACGAGGCCUAAACCAGACUAUUCGCAGAUGAUCUGCAACUUUUGUGGAUUGAAGGGCCAUAUAAGGAGAAGAUGUUUCAAGCUCAAGAACCUUCAUAGAGAUGCUGUUAAUCUUGUGGAUUCACCAGGACCUUCGACAGACCAUGAUAUAGCGGAACUAAUGGGAAGGAUGCAAACGUACGAAUCGGAUGGAGAGGAAAGUGAUUCAGAUACGUGUUGGAAACGUAGAGGUAAUGGCACAUCGAAACCAAAUACGAGUUCGUAAGGACGAGUUGCACGGGCAAAGGCCAAACGUCAUCAUCACAAGGAGCGAUCAAACCCAAACAACAGACGACACAACGGAGGAUUCAGGUCCGAGACUGCAGGGUUGCGAAACCGACACGAUGGUGCUUCCAAGGGGAAGUAUACAAAACAGAAAGUGGAAACGACAGCUAUCUGAUUCAGAGCAACCGGAACCUAGAAGAUCAAAACGCAAUAGAAAGUUAAAUCGCUGUGAUGAUUUUAGUUACGAUUAAGUUUUGGCGAAAAUUUGCUAUGUCGAUAUAAUUUAAAGCAAACUCAGAUUUUCUUUUCAAUUUUUCACUUUUGUUUAAUUUAGUAUAUAAGUGAAUUCGUGAAGCAUUGACAAAAGUCAUUUCUGAAAAACAUAUUUUAUGCUAAAAGGGGAAGGAUUGUCAUGCCCCUAGCGCACCCUGCGCAUUCGAAGAUUAGCAUUCGUGUAAGUGUCAGACAUCGUAUGCGUUCGGAUGAUCGAUCGGUGUUUCAUCGGUCAGCUACUAUCAGGAGAAAUAAAGUGAAUUCAUUCUAUCUUGUGAACUCGAA